UAUCCUGCGCUAGACAAAAUUCAACCAGUGAGUUGGAAAGACGCAUUGAAUUACUAAGCUUACAAUAAUUAUCUGUUACAUUUUUCUAACGAAAAAAAGCACGAAAAUGCGAGUGGCACGAUUUCCAGUAAGCAAGUUGCUUUUUGCGUUGACUAUUUUGUUUCCCUUUGCAUAUUGCAACAUGGAACCAAAUACUAAGGACUCUUCCACGGUCCCUCCAAUGACCGACGUUAACGAAUUUCCCGAAGCACGCAAAUCCCCUCGCUAUCUGUGUGUUCAAGCUGGCUGUACUUGCGACCCAAUCAGUGGUAACGCUGAAGAGAAUAUGAUGGCCAACUGCAAUUGUCAGAACACGAAAUCUGAAAGCACUGGCAGUGCAAACCCGAAAGUUUUGUUACCGACACUCAUGAAAUUCUCUGGGGUCCGGUUUCCACCCAACCUCAAAAUCGCCCGAAUUUCUAACUGCGAUUUCUUGGAAAUCGGUUCGAAUGAUGAAUUCUCUCAAUUUGAUUUCGCGGAAAUUUUAAUCCAAAAUUCAGCUGGAGUCACUAUUCGACCUUUGGCUUUCAAGAAAGUUUCAAAUUUUACUGUUAAAAACGUAGGAAUGCUUUCUUUCGAAAACCGAGCAUUUGACAAUCUAGAAGCCGAUUCUGUUCAGUUCACGAAUGUCACAUUCAACAAAAACAACAUGAACAAUUUUAACCACGUUGGUACCUUCAGUCCUCUGCGAAUCAAUUCAGCUUUGGAAUUUAGGGAAUCAAAACUAUCAACCGAUAUGGAAAUCCAAAUUAACCAAGUAGAUGUGACCAAUCUUACGGUCAGUUUUCGCAAUUGCGAGCUUGAAGGUUUAAAAGCGACGAUCACAACAAAUCGUUUCGAACUGAUAGGCAAUAAUUUCCCUAGUCUCUGCACAAUCAGCACGAACGUUCCACUGAUUCCGGUAAGUACAAGUCCUAGUGUAAGCUGCGAAUCUGAAAAUAAUCAACCCACCACCAGCAUCGAGUUUAGCAAAUCAAUGGAGCUCAACGGCAACACUUUCAAUCGCGAACGCAUGCCUGACAUUCGUUUUAGCGUCGAAGAGAAGGGAAUCAUGGACAUUAGCUUUCCAGACGAAAAGAAACCAAACGAAUCUACAGUGGCACAAACAGCUGAAAAGUGGUUGGAAAUGUUCACUUUUGAAUUUAAAGGUAAUCUGAUUAUAAACAGAACAAGGAGUAACGUCAACGAAUGCAAAGAGAAAUGGGUCUGGGGAUCAAAACCACCCAAGUACCAGAUCUUUUGCCCCACUCCACAGUCAAUGAAAGAAUUCGUUCGUUCCGGGAAAUUCAAACCACUAUUUCGACGUCCUACUUCUACCAGUUCUUCUGCUUCUACAUUCACGAUCCCGUUCUUUUCUCUUGGGUGUGUGCUAUGUUUUCUGAAUUUCUCCGCAUUUCUUUCAAGUUACCUUUCAAAAUAACAACGUGUAACAACGUUCCUUUUCGUUGGUUACGUUUCCCCAUACAAUAAACUUCCUCCAGUCUCGCGA